UAAACUGAAGAAGGGGGAGGGGGCUAUUGUAGCAGUGUUGGGCUGGUUUAGUAAGACAUUUGUGGGGUAUCUAGAGACCAUCUUUAGACAACAAGUGCACACACAGAACUUUCAGAUCACACGAUGACUUCUAAAAGUGGCGAAGAAAGUAUUCCAGCUCCUGAGAGUCAAAAAGAAAGCGUUCCCGCUCCUGAGAGUAAAGAAGUAGUACAACAGGAUGUACUCAAAAGAGCUACCAGUUUGCCUUUGGUAAGCUCUACCUAUGGUUUGGCUGCCUCUGCUUACGCCUCGACCAAAGAGAACCACCCCUAUGUGAAAGCAGUCCUGGAUUUGGCAGAGAAAGGUGUGAAGCAUGUCUCUGAUAUUGCUGUGAGUGGUGCUCAGCCUCUUCUGAAUAAACUUGAACCACAAGUUGCAGUAGCAAGCCGCUAUGCCUCCAAGGGCCUGGACAAGCUAGAGGAGAAAUUGCCAAUCCUUCACCAGACAGCUGACCAGGUCCUUUCUGAUACCCAAGAACUGGUGUCAUCAAAAGUGGCAGGCGCAAAAGAAGCAGUAGCCAAGGCUGUGCAGGAUGGCAAAGAGAUGGUGGUAGAAAUGAAAAUGGGCAAGAUGGCCCUGAGUGGAGCAGAAGCAGUACUGGAGAAAUCUGAAGAACUGUUGAAUCAUUAUCUUCCAAUGACGGAGGAAGAACUAGCCAAAGUUGCAGAAUCUACACCAGAAGGAGUGCACACGACCCCUGAGACUCGGGGAUACUUUGUGCGUCUUGGCUCUCUGUCAACUAAGCUCCAGCAUCGUGCCUACCAGUAUGCUGUCACCAAGAUAAAAGCUGCCAGAGAUAACAUCACAGAGAUUUUCAUCCAACUGCGGCAAGCUAUUGGACAGAUAGAGGAUACAAAGCAAAGUGUUCACCAGAAGCUUCAGGAAAGCCAGGACAGGCUUCGUCAGAUAGAAUCUCAGACCUUGGCCAUGUCCUACCACAUCACCCAGCAGUUGCAGAUGGCUUACAAGAACCUGAUUGCCAGCAUCCAAGGCCUGCCUGCAAACUUCCAGCAGAACAUCCAGCUAGCCUAUCGCAACAUAGAAGAGCUUCAUGCUUACUUCACCAAAGCUCACUCUUUCAAAGACCUCUCCAACAGCGUUCUAAGCCAAAGCAAAGAGAAAGCACUCAAGGCCCAGGAAUAUGUGGAUGACAUCUUGGACUAUGUGGUGCACAAUGCUCCGCUAUCUUGGCUGGUUGGCCCAUUUGCCCCUUCUCCUAAGAAACCUUCUGAUGUUGUGGGGACCACAGAACCCAAUGAUUAGAAUGAGGAAGUCUUGAAAGCAGCAGUGCCAAAGGAGAACUUGUGACCUGGAACCCAUUAGAGGGGCUGGAAUUCCAUCUCCAGGCACUGAUGGAACUUGGAAGAGCACCUGAGACUACUGCGGCAUUCACUGGAAGAGCUGAAGCUAAAGUAACCAAACUAACAUUGACUGAGCUGUGGCCCUGGACUUUUAGGUGGAGUGGAUGGCUCUACUUUUAGGAAAUCAGUUGCUAAUAAAAGCAUCCCUCUCCAGGGCCUUCAGACUGGUUUGUUGUGUAUUUAUACCUUGGCUCUGAUAAAAAUAUAUAUUACUUUGACUAUGACUGGAAUAAAUCGUUGUUGCACUCAAA